CUCGACAGCAUCAUCCUUAAAUCGUGUGUGUGUGUGUGUGUGUGUGGGUGUGUGUGUAUUGUGCUUAUUGUGCAGGGGUCAGAGGGCAACUUGCAGAAGCCUGUGCUCUUCUACUGUGUGCAUCCAGGGGAGGACACUGGGAAGGCAGGCUUAGCAGCAAGUACAUUUACCCACUGAGCUUUGCCCUUCCUUUUUUAUUGUCAGUGCAAAUGACAUUCCCACAACAAAGACCGAUGGCUUCCAAUAUUAUUUUAAAACUAGUUUGGGCCUCAGAGAACCUCUGUAAGAACCUUAAGAGCCUAUGCACUCCCCUGGGCACAGACUUGGGGAACCACAGGUGUAAUGUGUGCUCACGGUGGUGCGACUGUUUUCCUCCUAGCUACUCUGAGCACGCAGCUUUCUUAAAGUCCUCACUCUGAAAAGCACCUUGUUAGGAACUCUGAGUAAGACACUUAACUGUCUUCUCUAAGAAAGCUGUUGGGAACUGGGAAAAGAGAAGGAAAAACAGCUGUAAAAAAUUAUUAUUACAUUCACUUAAGGAGUUACAACUUAAAAUUCCAUAAACAGAACUGUUAAAGGUAACAUGGCCUCCACCAUAGGAACUGAACCUAGGGCCUCAGUCUCUUCCUAUGCUACAUUGGAGACAGGGUCUUGUUACUUAUCCAAAACUCCCAAACUUACCAUGCAGUCUAUAGAGUCCUAAGGCUUAAUGCCAUCUUCCUGCCUCUGCCUCCUGAUUGCUUUGAUUACCACGUUUGGCUUUAUUUUUUAAUGAUUGCCAUUUUUGCUUCCUUAUUUCCUAUUUAUAGACAUAAAGCCUUGAAUCACUGUAGCAUAUAAUAUACAUUUACUUCCUUUUGUUUUUCUUAAGCUAAAAAUGUCUUUAUCCUUCUUAGCCUUGUCUUGGGUGUUGUAACACUUUUUAUCUUAUUUGGAGGGAUCCUCCCCGCAAGGUCUGUCAGGAAGUGUUCCCAUGAAGCUUGCCUACCUUGCAAGCCAGUCUUUCCUUUCUGUUUCAGAAUGGAUUUCAUCCUUCUCGGAAGUCCUUAGGGCCACUGUCACCUCGGUCUGAUUUAUUUCCUAGUCCCCAUUUGGGGGCAACGAUCAAAAUCCUCCGGUUGAAGAGGAUUUUCAUAAACAGCUGAAUCCCGCCUGGGUCAUCAGUGGCAAGAGUCCACACGUGUGUGCCUGUCUGGGCGCCAAGAGUUAACUUUUGCAAAUGCUGCCUCGGGAACUCCAGGGUUCGUUGGCUGCCGCUUGCUUCGCCGUCAAGAAAAUAACAAACCCCCAAAGCAAGCAGGAGUGGAAAAGGCCUCUUUGGAGCGGUGAGGCAUAUUAAAGGUAGCUGAGAAGAGGAAAGCCCAGCCAAUUUAUGUGGUAAUAUGGAAGAAAAUGGACAAAGACUGUUUAAUGGAAUAAGAGAGUGGCGACUGCGCUAAAACAUGGAUAGAUGCAAACAGGCAGGGAGGGUAACCCCCCAGGACCACUCCAUCCUGAACCCUCAGAAGUGGUGCUGUCUGGAGUGCUCUACCACAGAGUCUGCGUGGGCCUGCCUCAAGUGCUCCCACGUGGCCUGCGGCCGCUAUAUUGAAGACCAUGCACUGAAACACUUUGAAGAGACCGGACACCCGCUGGCCAUGGAGGUCCGGGAUCUCUAUGUGUUCUGCUACCUGUGCAAGGACUACGUGCUCAAUGACAACCCCGCGGGGGACCUGAAGCUGCUGAGAAGCUCCCUCCUGGCGGUUCAAGGCCAGAAGCAGGACCAGCCCGCGAGGCGUGGGCGGAUGCUGCGGUCCACUGCUGCAGGGGAGGACGUGGUCCCACCGCAGCGCACUCCUCAGGGACAGCCGCAGAUGCUCACAGCUCUGUGGUACCGGCGCCAGCACUUGUUGGCCAAGACGCUGCGGCUGUGGUUCGAGAAGAGCUCCAGGGGCCGCGCACAGCUAGAGCAGCGGCGGCGGGAGGAGGAACUGGAGCGCAAGAAGGAGGCGGCGCGCCUACGCAACCUGGGCAACACCUGCUACAUGAACUCAAUCCUCCAGGUACUCAGCCACCUCCAGAAGUUCCGGGAAUGUUUCCUGAACCUCGACCCUUCCACCUCCGAGCACCUGUUUCCCCAAGCAACCAACGGGAAGGCUCAACUCUCUGGUAGACCAGCCAGCACCUCUGCCACGGAGUUGUCAGUAAAGAGUGACCGGGCCCAGGGGUGCGAACCUCGGGGCCUCUGCUGGAACAGCGGAGCCUCCAUCAGCAGGAGCCUGGAGCUCAUUCAGAACAAAGAACCCAGCUCAAAGCACAUUUCCCUCUGCCACGAACUGCACACCCUCUUCCGAGUCAUGUGGUCUGGGAAGUGGGCGCUGGUGUCGCCCUUUGCCAUGCUUCACUCGGUAUGGAGCCUCAUUCCCGCCUUCCGUGGCUAUGACCAGCAGGACGCACAGGAAUUUCUCUGCGAGCUGUUGCACAAGGUGCAGCAGGAACUUGAGUCUGAGGGCUCCACGCGCCGGAUUCUCAUCCCCUUCUCCCAGAGGAAGCUCACCAAGCAGGUCUUAAAAGUGGUGAACACCAUAUUUCAUGGGCAGCUGCUCAGUCAGGUUACAUGUGUAUCAUGCAAUUAUAAAUCCAAUACCAUUGAGCCCUUUUGGGAUCUGUCCCUGGAAUUCCCUGAACGAUACCACUGCAUAGAAAAGGGGUUUGUCCCUUUGAAUCAGACAGAGUGCCUGCUCACUGAGAUGCUGGCCAAGUUUACAGAGACAGAGGCCCUGGAGGGGAGAAUCUACGCUUGUGACCAGUGUAACAGCAAACGACGGAAAUCUAACCCAAAGCCUCUUGUUCUGAGUGAAGCUAGAAAGCAGCUAAUGAUCUACAGACUACCUCAGGUCCUGCGGCUGCACCUCAAAAGAUUCAGGUGGUCUGGCCGUAAUCACCGAGAGAAGAUUGGGGUCCAUGUCGUCUUUGACCAGGUAUUAACCAUGGAACCUUACUGCUGCAGGGACAUGCUCUCCUCUCUUGACAAAGAGACCUUUGCCUAUGAUCUCUCCGCAGUGGUCAUGCAUCACGGGAAAGGGUUUGGCUCAGGACACUACACAGCCUAUUGCUACAACACAGAGGGAGGUUUUUGGGUCCACUGCAAUGACUCAAAGCUGGAUGUGUGCAGUGUCGAGGAAGUGUGCAAAACCCAGGCCUACAUCCUUUUUUACACUCGAAGAACAGUUCAGGGCAGUGCAAGACUCUCAGAACCCCAACUCCGAGCUCAGGUGCAGUCCAGCAGCAAGGACGAAGGCAGAACAUACACAUUCCCCUGACUAGGAGGCAUGCAUCAAAAUGUCCUUACAUUUUUCCUCUUGGGUAAUAAGGCUUGCCACAGUAACAAAUUGCUGGGUUUGCCUCACUGGGCCUAGAGGAGACAAUGCCAGGUGAUUCCUGCCCUGUCAAAAAUUGGUAGUCACUUUCUUUUGAAAACUGUUGGAAAUUCCCUCCUUUCAUAAAACAAAUCUAAAGGAGUAACUUCUAUGAA